AUGGAUAAAUUUGAGUCUUUAAAAGUAGAUAUAGAGAAAAUCUUAGAUUCGGAUAAAACAGUGCUAAUCUUCAUUAGACAUGGAGAGACGGAAGCUAAUUUUACAAAAUAACUGAGUGGUUGGCAUGAUGUCAAGUUGACAGAAUUGGGUUUAAAUGAAGGGAAACAAUUAUCAAAAGCAUUUUAACCAUUAAGGGAUCGAUUUGCAGGGAUCUACUGUUCAGAUUUAAGCAGAGCAAGAGUGACUGCUGAAUUAGCCUUAGGAUCAGGAGAAAAGAUAUAAUAAAGUAUGGAAUUAAGAGAACUUAAUUUUGGGGAUCAUCAGAAUAAGGUGUAUUCUGAGGACAACAAAUGCAUCUACGAGAUCUUGUUCACUCAGAAAUAUCAAGCACCCAAUGGAGAGAAUUGGAAUGAUGUGAGGAAUCGAAUAAUGAAAUACUUGAGAUCUCAGAUUCAUAGUAAGGGGGUCUAUUUGAUUUUCACUCAUGGAGGAGCCAUCUUCUCUAUGACUCAUUAAUUUGGGUAUACGAACACUAUAAAGAAUUGUUCAUGCAUUGGUUUGGAGUUGGAUAUCAAUACUCUAGAAAUAAUGAAUUAAUUAUUUUAUUGGGAAUUUCCCAAUUAGUGA